CGGAGCAAAGGGGACGAUCUUCCUCCCCGACACGUUGCUUUCACCUCCAUCGAUCUCAUUCUCUAACAUCGUCCCGGACCUUUCCCACUCCACCUUUUGCCGCCCGUCCUGUUUCCUUCGCGACCAUGGAAGUCGAUGGUGGAAGAGGCAGGCGCCGGUUAUUAAGUAGCAGGGAGUCGAGUCCAGACCGAGCCAAACUCGCCUACGCCCAGCAGCAGCAACCUCCGCCGCCCCCGCCGCGCCCGUUGCCGCAGCAGAGGUUCGCCAGGCCUCUCCGUAAGCUUCAAGUUGUUUACUACCUCUGCAGGAAUGGCCAAUUGGAGCACCCCCACUUCAUCGAGCUCCCUUACCUCCCGAACCACCACCUCCGCCUCAAAGAUGUGAUUGAAAGAUUAACUCUUCUCAGAGGCAAAGGCAUGCCUUCGCUCUUCUCCUGGUCUUGCAAGAGGAGCUACAAGAAUGGGUACGUGUGGAAUGACUUGGCCGAGAAUGAUAUAAUCUACCCCGCCGACGGCGUCGAGUACGUGCUCAAAGGCUCUGAGAUCUUCCCCGGCGCUUACGAUCGUUUCCAACCUAUUCCGGCGAGCAGCAGGCAGAUAAAAGCACUUCCGGCGCCUCGGAAGCUUCAUUUGGAAUUUGUCGACGACGAUGACGCAGAGGAUAUGGAGCAAGGAGCAGAGGAGGAGACGGUGGUGGGUAAGCGCACCGUCGGUGAGAAUAUGCGCGUAGGAUACUCGCGUCGUACCUGCGGGGUUUCGACGGAGGAAAUGGAGGGAGUCGACUGCCGGACGGCGGCUCGAGCGAGUCGCCACCACGCUCCCACCGAGCUUCCCCUCGAUGAUUCCUCCCCUCCGUCGUCAUCCUCCUCGGACAAGCCUCGCAACCAAGCUUACCCCGCCGCAGCUACCUGCGGCGGCGUCUCUCAGAGGUUCGAUGACGUCGACCCGGCGCCGGAACCGGUUUUGUCGCGCAACUCGGUCCUGCUCCAACUGAUCGCCUGCGGCUCGGCCGCGCUCAAGGGAAGAAGCACCCAGAACAGCGGAGCAAUAAAGGCGGCGUCGGCGGCCGCCAACUCAGCCUCGGACGCCGCCGCAGCUUCCGCCGGUUGCGUGCGUCACAGCGCGGCUAGUCGACUCACGGCCCGAGCGGCAGACGAUGACGAGUCAUCGCGGUGCUACUCGGAGAACCCUCGCUACUGCCACCCCCUCGUCGAAGACAAGGAGUACUUCAGCGGCAGCAUUGUCGAGGAGGGAAGCAGAGGUGGCGGCCCGCCGGAGCCUAUCCUCCAGAAAUCAUCCUCUUACAAUGAAGAAAGAAGCUCGAAGGUGGGGAUCGGCGUAGAGGAGGAGAGAGCAGGGAAGGAAGCGAAAGGGAAAUGCAUUCCAGGGAGGAGGAGGUGCUCUGGCAAGCAACAGUAAUGGCAGAGGCAGCAACAGUAGCAGCUUUCAAUUAAUCGAGGAGGAAGACGCAGCAUGGAAUUGAUCAUACUGAAAAAGGUCCCGCGGAAUUUGUCUGUGUUUGUGUGCAGUGCCACUGCACUUUAUUGUGGCUGGCAUGCAGUGAGAUGAGGAGUAGUGUGGCAUUUAAUGAAAAAGUUGGUCUGAGCCUGAGAAUAUGGAAAAGCUUUCUGUGGAUUCUACUGUGGAUUCUGCGUUUAGUAAGUCUGUGCUGGGUCUUAGGUUUCUUGUGUGGAUUAGCUAUUAUCUUGCUUUAUAUAUAUAUAUAUAUAUAAAU